ACUCGCUUUCUCCUCCGCUAUGUACACGAUGUGAAGAGAGAGAACUUUCACAAGGCAUGAAAUAGUGGAGCAGAGUCAGUUUCGACUCCACUCACCGUCAGUCUCCAGAUAGGGAACCACCGCACAACUCUCUCUCUCCCUCCACGACUUUCUCUCCACUCAUUUCUCCGACUAGAAGGCUCUACAAGUAUUGGGACAAGUGUUGGUUUUAGUCCACGAGUUAAGUGAAUAUUCAUGUCAACUAUAAAGAAAAUUAACAUUCAGACUCUGAAAUUGCAUCAUCCGGCUCUUUGUCAUCUCGAAAUAGACGAGGAAAAUUUGUAACGUUUAAAAAUAAUAAUUGCAACCGCCCACGCAGGCAAUUUACUGUUGCAUAUAAAACAAAUUCAUGCGUGGUGACUUGUUGUGGCUUCAUGUUAAAGGCUGCCCAUAAUUGAAACCCAUUGAUGUGACAGAACAUAAAUCAACGUGAUUGACGUGGGUUGUGUGUUUGUGUGUGCUCUGCUCUUUAAGGAAAAUUGGACCAUUUUUCUCUGUUCCCUAUUUAACAAGCGACUUGAUCUAAUGAAUUCUUGAAAACAUUAUUAAAUUUGUACUACACGACGUUUCAUAUAAAGGAAAAAUCGAUGUCAAAUCUUUCUCUCGUCUAAAUCCCAGCGUGCUUUAUACUACUUAACAACUUUAUACUCGAGAGGAGGAGGAGGCAGAGAGUGGAAAAGGGGUCAGUCCGUACUGGAGCGGAUAAUGCAUAGAAAUGUCUUUGCUCUACCGAUUUGCCAAGCUACCUGAUCGUCAUAACUCUCACUUGUUCACGUUCAUUGUCACAAAAUCGGUGACGAGGGACUUGUACCGAGAUGUGACGUCAAAGGAGUUUGUUUUCGGAUACCAUAAAUGGGCCAUAACUUUCAGCAGGACAGAGAAAGUGCUCGGAGUUUAUCUCGUGCUCAGAAAUCCAUCAGAAGGAAUGCGGGUUUAUGUGGAUUUCAGUUUCACGUUGUUGAAUCCACAUUUUUCUGCUAACGAGACAUUUAGUGGAAAAAACGUGAAAUUCUCGUACGACUCACCUGCACAGGGUAAUCGAAGGUACAUUGCAGUACAAGAUUUAUAUACGAGAAACUUUGCAGAUCGGAACGGAGAAUUUCAGUUGGAAUUACAAAUGAGUGCAAUUCGCACGGUGUUUGAGACGGAUUUGCGAACUCCGAAUGCAUUUAUAAGCUCACACGCUACGACUCACAAGUGUCCCAGUCCGCGGAUGGGCAUGGGAAGCAACCCGGUGAAAACAGAGUCGCAGUACUUUACCUUUGGAGGCUUUGACUGGAAUGUUGCAAUUUAUCCGUUCGGGAAGGAUGCCAGCGACGACAGGCUGUUUGUGUAUCUGAACCGCCUCACGGGUUAUGAUCAUCACUGCCGAGUGAGGUAUGUCAUCACUUUGGGCGAAGGUGAUCGUGCCAUCAACUCCGGACUUCUCGAUGAUAUCUCCGACUCCAACGGAAAAAGUUACGGAUGGUCGCCCAGGAUACGAUUAUCCGAUGUCGUCCAAAGGGGUAUAAUCCACAUCCAUUUGGAAAUAUUGACGGCCAAUACGUUGAGUGAAGUGGCCUUAGUUCCCCAAGCCCCCACGAGUCUUAAUGGAGGUGCUUUGGUUGGGAUCGUCCCCUCCACCACAGCCAGUGCUCCGUCGGGUGGAGAAAAUUUGGCUAUACAAUGCUACGACAAGGACAAACAUGGCUGGACAUUGGAGGCGGAUUGUGUCUCGGAGACCUUGCGACUCAGGAUGAUCUACAAAGAUGUUCACAAUGUUCCCAGGAACCAUUUGCGUCAUGUGUGUUGGAGUGCAUAUCUUUUGAGAUAUAAUAACAAAACGGGCCUCCUGGACCCCAUAACGUGUACACAUGCCCCCUACAGUCAUUAUUAUGCCCAAGAAGAGGUGGACGAUGGGAUUAUGAUGGAGACAGAUGUGACCGUGAAAGAGAUACGUGAUCCCAACAGUUUCUACUUGAAUGACAAGCAACAGAUUCGAGUUCAGAUAGAAUGGUUGUCAUCUUAUCUUUUGUUCCAGUCCACGUAUCACAAAUACGACGACGUCACACGUGUGCACAACUAUCAAAUGAGGAAAGAAAUAACUGCAUUACAAUCGGAAAAUUACAGUUUAGAGAGGCAACUAUUUUCGUACCAAAAGAGUUUGGCUUAUGCCCAUCACACGACGACGCGAAGGUCGAGCCAGGGGGCGGAAGAACCCUACGAAGGUGAAGGCAGCGGCGGCGUCGUUGUCGGCGCCGAGCAUCAGCACCACCGACCUUAUGAUCGAAGUGUGUCUACAGAGACGGAAUAUGCUUAGUAGAACAUCAUACUUUCUCCACCGCAAACUUUCGCCUCCUCCUCCGUCAUCUUCUUCCUCCAGUCUGUCUCAUAUCUACAAACAUGGCCUAUAACUUUUACUCCCUCUCUCUCUCUCUCUGUGUUGACAUUUCCCCAUGGAUGACAACGGCUCAGAUGAUGAUGAUGGCAUCAGCCGAGUAGAGGCAAACAUUAAUUAAGGUUGAUUUCUUUUAGACAGUUGGUUCAUUGAAUAUUCAGUGCCAGCCAAACAUAUCCUCUCUCCGCUCUCCACUCCACUCUAGUCUCUCCUCCUCUCGAAGUACACACAUCCUCUUGGAAAUCCAUCACUGCUUGACAAUCAAUCAUUGAGAAGUAUUCUCCUUGCUCUCUCUCUCUCUCUCCUUUCUCCUCUAUCUCUCGAAUGCGAACAUUUAUUAUCACAAGGACCCAAGUCAAAGACAUUAUGCAGAGGGUGGUGGUGGGUACAAUCUGAAAUUACUUUCUCCUUCCACAGCCGCAUCACAACUCAAGCGUUACAAAAAAAACAAGGCAUAAAUUCUAUAUUCUACCGCUUUACUGCUUAGUGGAGAGAAGGAGAAAGAUGCGUCUACUCCACUUUCUACGUAUGUACAACCAAAAUCGACUACUUUCUCCAUACAAAAAAAAGAAACCAAAAACUGCUUAUAAAUUAUUAUACCAUUUUAGCAUCUCUCUCUCUCUCCUGUGAUAUUGUCCCAUUUUGGGCAUCAUAGCUUUUCCACCAUUAAAUACUCAGAUACACACCGCGAAUCAUAUCCCGUUAUUCAACUACCUUCAAAAUAAUUGGACCAAAUCAGCUUCAAGUAACAUAAUUACAGGGUAAAGUAAAUUGGCGACCACUAUACGCACCCACCAGCCACGCUAAUCUAUCUCAUCAAAGCUCCUCUUAUUCUCCUCUUACAAAAUAGCCAACCUGCUGCUGAGUCCUCUAAACCACGCAACAUGUUCUUGAACAACGACCUUAAUCUCCGACCAUCCCUUCUGUCCCACUAAUUACAUGCUCCUUUGUUUUGGGCAGAGCACGAGUAACAAAACAAGGACAUAUUUUUCUUGUAUGCAUUACCAUACACAUUGAUUUCCAGAGGAGAGCGCUCUCUCCGACCUCUACAGAUGGAAACCCAUCAUUAUAAUUUUAUACGCUCUGCCGGAUUCACUCUAGCAUCAUUGGAUUGCUUUCUCUUACAACUGGAUAUCCACUACAACUGCUCCCCAGUGACCAUGCAAUUAUCCACCUCAGCCCAAUAUCAUUAGUAUACAGCGUGCACUCGGAGAGAAUAAAUAUGUAAGAGUGGCUUCAUUCCUUCCUCCGCACACACACUUUCACUUUAUCCACUCCUAUCACAUCCCUGGUCCGCAAUCCACCCAACCACAUGUAUGCACAAAGAGUGGAAUUGAAUAGAUUCCCUGCAUGACAAACUUUUAACAUGCAUUUUUUUAGCUGCUUUAUUCACUCUGAAUAGUCAAAUGUCAAAACUUUGCAUGACACGUGUAAAAUUAAAUUAAAUUCUCUUUAAUUCAUAAUUAUCCAUCGCACCUCCACUGCUAAAUACGUAUGACGCUUGAAUUUCCAAUCCAAAUGCCAUGUGAAAACGUUGGCCUAUAAUCUACACAUCGAUCGCUUAACUUUACUCUUUCCGAUAAAAACUUACAAUUCAAAAUUAUCGGCCUGUCUAUUUACUAAAAAAACUAAAAAAAAUACCUUU